AUGAGUUUCCUGGUGGGGAGAUUGGCAGGCGCAGAGGGGGCAUAUUUCUUACAAGAAUCUAAACACGCCGUAAGUCGUAUAGUUGAGAAAAGCAAGCCCAAUCUUCCUUCUUCAUUACCAACUUCAAAUUCUCAGUCAGUUCUAAAUGAAGCUCAAGCCGAUGUUCUUCCAGAGGUUUUGAGGCAUUCUUUGCCUUCAAAAAUUUUCCAACCACCCUCAGAUUCGUCUCUGUUGAAAGGGUCUAAAUGGGUUCUUCAGACUGAUCCCAAUAACGUGUCGUUGGUAUCGCCAGAUGCUUUGAAUCCUCUCAGGGCUUACGUUUCUCUGCCUCAAGUCACCUUUGGCCCCAGAAGGUGGCAGUUGCCCAAUGCAGAGAACUCGGUUUUGGCCUCAACUGCGAAUGACUUGCGCCAUGACAAAUACACUCCAGUUAAUCCUGAAAAGUUGAGGGCUGCAGCUGUAGGACUUUCACAAAUUGGAAAGGCAUUUGCUGUUGCUACUGCUAUUGUCUUUGGUGGUGCCACAUUGACGUUCGGAAUGGCAGCCUCCAAGCUAGAGCUGCACAAUGUUGAUGACUUCCGGACUAAAGGAAAAGAUCUGGUUCAGCCAAAACUGCAAUCAGUCAAGGAGCGGCUGAUCCCCUUAAGAACUUGGGCUGAAGACAUGUCAAAGAGAUUGCAUUUGGAGAGGGAAGAAGAUCUGAAAGAGAAGCCUCUUAUAAAGGAACUUUCUAAAAUAUGGAGUGCUGAGACAUCCAACUGA